AUGUUGAACCUCACCAACCUGCGCACCCUCUUGUCCAAGGUUCUCGACCUCCCCGCGCUCCACACUGUCGCCCUCUUCACACCCGAAGGCGAGCUCGUAUGCUAUGAAUCAGGGCCAAGUAGGACGAAGGACCGCGUGCGCGUCAUCGUGGGCCUGAGCACGGAGAUAUGGCAGGAGACUAGGGACCACGAGCAGGUCGGGAUGGUGGACUCUGAGAUGGGUCACUUGCUCGUCGUGCCCAAGGAGAAGGAGAAAGUCGAUGACAAGGAGGAAGAGCCUCCGCUACUCCUCCUCGCGCUCAACGCGGACGCGAGCGUGCCCUGGGAAGAGCUCGAGCUCAAGAAAAUGGCUCCUUCCACACCUCCCCAGCCGCUCAAGACGAAUGAUGCGUACUUUAAACCCCCGCAUAUACCGACUUCGCCUUCGCGUACAGACCCGUACAAGCUCGUCGCGCCAGAGUUGAAGUACCUUCGCGAAACCCUCCUCGAUCUCCUCGGCUCGUCACACCCUUCCCUCACGGAGAUCGCGAAGUACUAUUUCCUUCACCCGUCAAAACAACUUCGGCCGCUCCUCGUCCUACUAUUCUCCCAGGCUACGAACGGGCUCGGCGGUGGCUGGCACGUCAAGAAGUGGGCAGCGGAAUGCGAGGGUGCCGGCGGGCGAACAGAAGAGCUGGACCGUCCACUAACGCGUCCCGACGUGCUCAACGACUGGAACCCAUCCAUGCCGGACCACACCGCUUCCUUCUCAACGUCCUUCGCAUUGCACCCUCCUCGGCCUCCAGCGGUGCCGCCGUGCCCGCCCCCAGACCUAGCACAACUAGCCGGCGCGACCCCCACGGUCGCAUCCCCACUCACGCUGUUGCCAACGCAGGUGCGGCUCGCGCAAAUCGUGGAGAUGAUCCACGUCGCUAGCCUGCUGCACGACGAUGUGGUGGACAAGUCGCCUCUGCGACGGGGCGCGCCUUCCGCACCGGUCGCGUUCGGAAACAAGCUCACCGUGCUCGCGGGCGACUUCCUCCUCGGGCGGACGAGCGCCGCGCUCUCGCGGCUUGGGGAGAACGAGGUUGUAGAGCUCAUCGCGAGCGUCAUCGCGAACCUGGUCGAAGGCGAGAUCCUGCAGCUGAAGGCGGUCCACGCGGAGGAGCUUGGUAUCACCGGCCUGUCGCCAACCGUGGGGCAAGACAGCUGGAACAUCUACCUUCAGAAGACUUACCUCAAGACGGCUAGCUUGAUGGCUAAGGGAGCGCGUGCGGCGGUCGUGCUGGGUGGAUGCAAGGACGGGGAGAUUUGGAAGGAGGCUGCAUAUGCUUAUGGCCGCAAUCUGGGCAUUGCCUUCCAGCUCGUGGACGACAUCUUGGACUAUGAGGCCGGGGAGGCGACUCUCGGUAAGCCCGGAGGAGCCGACCUUCAGCUCGGGCUUGCCACUGGGCCCGCAUUGUUCGCCUGGGAAGAACAUCCGGAGAUGGGCCCCCUUAUAAAGCGCAAGUUCGAGCAGCCAGGAGACGUUGAGCUAGCACGGGAUCUUGUGCGGAGGUCCUCUGGAGUCGAGCGCACACGAGAGCUCGCGCUAGCGCAUGCGGACAAGGCACGGGAGGUGCUGGGGGUGCUGCCCGAGAGCGAGGCGAAGGACGCACUGAUCGGCUUGACGGAGAGGGUGGUGAAACGGACGUCGUGA